CACACACCCGAGUCAUAACUGAAUGACGGCAGGUCGCUAUGGAAACUGCGUUACGCUCCGGGCGGCCGGAGGAGAAAACAAGAGCGCAAGGAGUCAUUUCAGUCUUCAUUUCAGCACCACGCGAGCUCCUGGACAGCGCCCGGAUAAACUCGCGCACAGAUUUUAUCCUCAUAUGCCUUAAAAGAGACAGAGCCGCAUCAGCACCAAGCCUAACCGGAGUGGGUGGUAGGCACUUCAAAAGCAAAACGACCCCACGUACAAGAGACACAGACUCUCCGCUACUGAAGCUCGGUGGACCAGGUCCAGGUUUCGUUCUACUGCCAAGCCAGGAGCCAGUCGCUCCCUCAAAUGCCACAGCAACAGGGCAGCAGCAUGUCUGAAACUAAAUCCAGUCAGCGGUUCCACAGCCUCAACACUGAGCAGGUGGAGGUUCUCCAUCAGGUUUUGUCAGAGGUGGUUCCAAUCCACGGACGCGGGAACUUCCCCACGUUGGAGUUGCGUCCCCGAGACAUCAUCAUAGCUGUGCGGGCCCGGCUGCAGAAGCUGGGAAUCACAGUCAGAGAUGUUCGCCUGAACGGCUCCACGGCCAGCCACGUCCUCGUCCGAGACAACGGAACCAGCUACAAGGACCUGGACAUUAUCUUUGGAGUGGAGUUGCCCAGUCAGGAGGAGUUCCAGGUGAUCAAGGAGUCAGUGCUGGGCUGCUUGCUGGACUGCCUACCAGCUGGGGUCAACAGGGAGCGGAUCAGCAGCGCCACAAUGAAGGAGGCCUACGUCCAGAAAAUGGUUAAGGUCUUCACUGAGCACGACCGCUGGAGCCUCAUCUCGCUCUCAAACAACAGUGGCAAAAACCUGGAGCUCAAAUUUGUGAGCGUGCUGAGGCGGCAGUUUGAGUUCAGCGUUGAUUCCUUCCAGAUCAUCCUGGAUCGUCUCCUGGAGUCCUACAUGCAGCAGGAGUCUCCCCAUAAGAACAAUACCGUUGAUCUAAUGGACCAGCCUGCAGCCCAUCAGAAUAAAGACUCUCCCUCUUUGCUCCAACAGGCCACUGCUCCGGAAACAGAGAAGACCUCUGAUAGAGACUCAUCCUGCAAAGAGGGGUCACAUAUCAGUCAGACACAACAGAGAGAUGAGGUGCAUGAAAAGGAGUCCCAGACAGAACUCUCACAACACACUGAACAUUCAAACCAGACAAAAGACUCCACAGUUGAAAAACACAACAAAGAGAAAACACCCGUGGAGCUGAAAGAAGUGUCAGGACACAGAGAUCCCUUCAAUGAGACAGACUCCUCGGACCAGACCACUCCAAACCUUUUGUCAGAAAAGAAACAAACUUCUGAGAAAGCUGAACCACCAGCUCAGGUUGAACUCAGACACGAGCCAGAGCUCUCUGACAUGUCCAAAUGUUUGACAGAGGUAGAACAGUCAGAGCAAACCAAGACAUGUGAUGGCCAACAACCAGCACAUUCAAAUCACAAGGAACUCUCUGCCCACAAUGAACAAUCCAACCACACAAACCCCCCUGAUGAACGGAAUGAACUUACAGAGCAAACGGGACAGUCCGAGCUGCCGAAGAGCUCAAACAGAACCCAGACAGAGUCUUCAAACCUGGCAGAAGAACGUCACAGCGAAGACUUCUCUGAGUGUUUCAGUGAGGAUCAGAGAAGCGAUGAGAAAGACAAAACACAACAUGCAACGGCUCCAGACUCCAGCACAAACGAGACAGAAAUAAGUGAAAUGACAGAAGAGAUUUUAGCAUCAGAAGCUAAAAACGUAGAAGACACACAGAGUAUUGAUUGCUCCUGCUCCACAUCUUCCAUAUCCCUCACACUUUACAACACAGAGCCUGCUGGCACACAUGAUACACCGGAGAUCCACAGCACACUACACACAGAUAAAUCAGAUAAAACACCUAACACAAUUGAUGCCGUCAGCCCUCCAGAUACUCAGGAUAAUUUACCUGCACCAGCCAGCCUUGUUUCUGACAAAAAGACCUCCUCUUCUCCCUCUUGUAAGGCCUCAGAGAGACUUUCUCACAUGGUGGUGCUUAAACACUCUUCUCCCAAACCCCCUCGCAGGAUGUGUAGGAAGGUAACCCCCAAUCCGUACUCCAGUCCAGUCUCUGAAAGCGAACUUGUCAUAGAGCCCUGUCUGGUUCCAAACCCCUGCCCUAGCCCUGAACCUGAACCUGAAUCUGAACCUGAACCUGAGGUAGCCUUUGAUCCAGAGCCAACAGCUCCCAGUUCAGAACCAACCAGUUUUUCUACUGAAACAAACCCUGGGCCUGAACCAACCCCUUCCAGUAACCUAGCUUCCAACCUAGACCUUACCUUAGCCCCUGAUCCAGCCCCUGAUAUAAUCUUCACCUCUGCUGUGGAUCCCAUGUCUGCUUUACCUCAAGAGCCCCCACCGCCUCAGCUAAUCACAGAGAGAUCAUGUGAGACAAGUAUUCAGAGCGUGAAAGAGACCCCAUCUACACAUGAUGAACAAAGCCAGCCCUCCCCUAGUGAAACCGCCUGUGCACCCAAACAAUCAGAGCCUCUUGACUCAGUGGACACGUUAGUUUCACACACUGAUACAUCCCGCUCAAACACCCCAGAUCCUGUACAUACCUCAGAAGUUGAGCUCAGUGAUGAAGAUGAAAUCAGAGAGCCACAAACCAAAAAAAUGGACUUGAGUCAGCCAAAUGGCUGCCAACAAGAGACCACACUUAGUUCUCCCUCCUCUUCCCAAUGUGUCACCCCUCCCGUUUGCUGUCUCACCCCUCCUGUACUCAGUCUUUCCCCUCCCUGCUUCACUCCCUCGCCCCCCAGCCUCAGCCCUCCCCCAUGUCUCACCCCUCCCUCUCACUGCCUCGCAUCUCUGCCACUGAACACCGUCAGCCCUGCCACAAGCUUCAGCUCUCCACCCCUGAGUUUAAGCCCUACCUCAUCCUGCCUCAGCUCACCUCCUUACCUCACCCCUCCAAUGCUUAGCCCCAGCCCUCCUCCACUCUGUCUUAGCCCCCCUUCCCUCUGCCUCAGCCCUCCCCUCCUCUGCCUCACUCCACCGGUGGAGUCAGAGGACCUUGUACCUCAGGUAUCUUCAGACAUGGAGCCUCUGAUAGCGAACACAGACAGCGAGGAACAGAUUAAAGAGUCCUCUCCCCAGCCAGGAAUUCCUCCCCUACAGUUGGAGGAUAUAAAGGAAAAAGAUUAUAUCUCAUCGUUGCCUCGGGUUGCAGAGCCUGUCUCUUUUCCAAUCACUAUCCCGAGCUCCAGCUCACAUGUGCUGCCUCUCUCUCAGUGUGAAGGCCCAGGGGAAUCGGGCCCUCCAAAAGCCGACGAGGCACCGAGCCCUGUGCCGGAGAGAAAAGAGGCCCCUAAGGUACCCGCAGUCGUGCCUGAACAGAGCAGUGCUCCUCAGACAUCUUGCUCGGUCCCUGCUGUCGAGGUCCUGGCAGAGAGCAUGUAUGGUGACUUUGAGGCGGCCAUGGACCACCUGCGCUACCGCCUAAUCGCUACCAGGAACCCUGAGGAGAUCCGAGGUGGCGGCUUGCUAAAAUAUAGCAACCUGUUGGUCAGAGACUACCGACCGGCCAGCGAGACUCAGAUAAAGACACUGGAGCGCUACAUGUGCUCGCGCUUUUUUAUCGACUUCCCUGACGUGCAGGAGCAACAGAGGAAGAUCCUGUCCUACUUGAAGAACCACUUUAUCGGCGAGGAGAGAAGCAAGUACCAGUACCUGAUGACACUGCGUCGCGUGGUCGACGACAGCACAGUGUGUCUGAUGGGCCAUGAGAGGCGUCAGACGCUGAACAUGAUCACAGUGCUGGCACUGAAGGUUCUCGGAGAGCAGAACAUUAUCCCCAACACAGACCAUGUAACGUGCUUCUACCAGCCCGCUCCGUACAUGGCUGAUCACAGUGCCCCCUAUUUAGCAGAACCCAGCUACUGCAGCUACUACAUACCCCAAGGGGGAUCAACUCUGCUUUACCAACCGUACCCCUUGCACCUGCACACACAGACUGGACUAGUCUAAAACACACACACAAACACACGUGAUUACACAAAACACACAAUCGAGCAAGGGGAAGGUGGUUUCCACGAGGAAAGAGCUGGAGAAUGGAAAUAUAAUCCAGGGAUAAACUGUUUGGUCUAUAAUAGACCUAUGGGGGUGGGAUUGAGUGGGUUUUUACAGUAAACUCCCUGAGUACUCUGUAAGGUUCUAAUAUGAUUAUAUGUAAUUAUCUGGGCUUUGUGGGAAAAUAAUAAUUCUUCCGAUAUUGUUACAAUUCCAGAAAAUGCUUUAUGCACUGCAUGAGUCAUAGCCCUUUGGUCUCCCUGGGACACCAACUGUGCUGUUGACAUUCACACACAUGCACGGACACACUCCCACACACACACACACACACACACACACGUACGGACACACUCCCACACACACACACACACACACAAAACUCACACUUCCAGGGUCUUGAAUUCUUGUAAUCUUUUCAUGUUCUUACUGUGUCGUUCUUAAUGGGUUUGUUCAGAAUGUGGACCUUGCCUGUGGUUGAUAUUGAUAUUGUGCAUGGAUAAAUUAGGACUGUUCUCUCACUGCCAAAUACUGUGUGACUACUAUGCUUCUUAAACAGUUUAAUGUAACUUUGUUAAUCCUUUACUGAAGGGGUGUAUUCUGAAGAAAAAAAAAUACUGAGGGACAGGUCUACUAGUGUGUGCAGUACUUAUGUCAGUACACACACAUGCAUGUACAACACUUACACACAAAAACACACACAUACUUACGCAAACAAACCUACUGUAUGCACACAGAGUUGGACAAUGCAUGACUAGAUGAUAUAUAGAUAACAUCCUGAAGUCAAAGCAAAGGCUUUUAAUUUACAUUUUUUUUCCGAUUGCUAAACGACAGUGGGCACAA